AUGAACCACCGGGUUCCCGCCCACAAGAGGUACCAGCCCACGGAGUACGAGCAUGCUGCCAACUGUGCCACCCACGCUCUCUGGAUCAUCCCCAGCAUCCUCGGCAGUUCCAACCUCUACUUCCUGUCGGACGAUGACUGGGAGACGAUCUCCGCCUGGAUCUACGGCCUCGGGCUCUGUGGGCUGUUCGUGGUGUCCACCGUGUUCCACACCAUCUCCUGGAAGAAGAGCCACCUCAGGACGGUAGAGCAUUGUCUGCACAUGUCGGACCGCAUGGUCAUCUAUUUCUUCAUUGCGGCCUCCUACGCGCCCUGGCUGAACCUCCGUGAGCUGGGCCCCUGGGCCUCCCACAUGCGAUGGCUGGUGUGGAUCAUGGCCUCAGUCGGCACCAUCUAUGUCUUCUUCUUCCAUGAGCGGUACAAGCUCGUGGAGCUGCUCUGCUAUGUCGUCAUGGGCUUCUUCCCCGCCCUGGUCGUCCUUUCCAUGCCCAACACCGAGGGCAUCUGGGAGCUGGUGACCGGAGGGGUCUUCUACUGCUUGGGCAUGGUGUUCUUCAAGAGUGACGGGAGGAUCCCCUUUGCCCAUGCCAUCUGGCAUCUCUUUGUGGCAUUUGGUGCUGGCACACACUACUAUGCCAUCUGGAGGUACUUGUAUCUGCCCAGCACCCUGCAGGCCAAGGUGUCCAAGUGAGGCGGCGCAGCAUGCGUGGGGACAUGUAGGCCUUCGGAGCAGAGCAUCACGGGGAGUGUUCCUGCAAACCGAGCCCAGAGCACAGCGUCCAGGCCCGUCCGCCCUCCCACGGGUAGAGCUUUCAGUGGGUCCGAGAUCACUUCUGCUGAUAAGCCAGACCAUCCCUUGGGUUCUAGGUGAGAGAGAAGGCAUUUAGUCAUUUUCACAGAGGAGAAAUUAACCCUGUAGUGCGUUUCUAUUCUAGAGAGAUGUUUCCUAAAACAACCAACAUUCACAUCGUCAGAAAAGGGGGCAGACGGAGUCUUGGCCAGUUGAGGAAUGACGGGCCCCAUACAUGCUUCUCAAGGCCCUGAGAAAUCUAUCGGGGAGUCUGGUGUUAUUGAUACCCCGGGUGGCCUGGGCCUCCUUCUGUGCUACCAAAGUCCUGGCUGGGGAAUUAUCCCCUGCUUGCGGGUGGGGGGGAAAGUCACCCAGCUUGUAGAUCAGGGAUGGUGAGAAUCCGUGACCGUGGCAGGCAUCCCCAAUCAGCUGCCGCGUGGUGCGGUUUCAGAAUUCUUUCCACGACUUCUCUGGGCAGCCACUGCCAAUCGACUCGGCACUCGUGAGGGCACCUCUUGGCCUCGCCCGCCCCCGUGCGCUCCGCAGUGGGGUCGUGGC